CCUGUUUAAGCACGAAACAUUGAGAGAUUUGAUUUGUUUGACAGCUACUUCGAGUAUACGUGGACAACGUGUCAAUUUUUCUGGCUUCGAAGAAUUGCCACAGGAACCCCUUUUUCUGUCGGGCUUGAUAUCAAGGCUUCCCCGCUCCGUUGGAGAAUGGCAGCCAAGAGGACUGCUGAACAAGCCGGCCAGCCCGAUCAUCCUUCUCAGAAAGAUGAAAGCGCGAUAUAUAUUGGGUCGGACAUCGUGGAUUUGCGUCGAGAAUGGCAAAAUCUGCGCGCCUCACGAAUGCUGUGCGAUGUGGAGCUGCGUGGUUGUGAAGCUGAUUCUGCUGGGAUUCCGUGUCAUCGCAGCGUUCUCAGUGUGCGCAGUGCGUAUUUUCGCACCAUGUUUCUGUCGGGAAUGAAAGAAUCAACGCAGCAAGUUAUUCAACUGCAAAACAUUUCACAGUGUUCUCUCUGGGUUAGUAGACUACUGCUACAUGGCGGAUCUGCGCGUCACCGAAAGCAACGUACAGUCAAUGCUGAUUGCUGCUGCGUUUCUGGACAUUGCCACCGUCGUGGAUGCCUGCUGGAAAUUCAUGGACGAUCACAUAGACGUCAGUAACUGUCUGAUGCUGUAUUGUUUCGCGGAUUCCGAUGCACACAAAAAUCCGACGCUAGCCAACAAAGCCAAGACUUUGGUCCUCAAACAUUUUGUUAGUAUCUCGAAAGGACAAGAAUUCCUGCAAGUGGCGAAGAAUACGGUUUUGGACCUAAUUCGCUCCGACGACUUGUGGGCAACACGCGAGGAGGAUGUGCUGCUGGCCGUUAUGCGGUGGCUGCAUCACGACCUGGAGCAGCGACGCGGGGAAUUUUGGGAGAUAUUGCAGAACAUUCGGCUGUCGUAUCUGGGUCCGCAGGGCCUGGAUGAUUACCUGGUGGCCUGCAUUAACGCCGUCACGGAUUAUUCCGGCGGAAACAAAGCUAUGCGCCAGGCAGAAUACUUGAAGACGCUGCCGGGAUCUGACAGCCACGUGAUCACCUCUCGUCGCACUCCACGAAAAGCCUUUCGUUUCGAAGCGGUUAUUAUUUGCGCUGGAGGGAACUCAUGGAAAUCGAUGUCGGACCGUGACCGUGUCGACUGUUUUAACCCACACACCUCCAAUUGGAGGACGCUAGCCCGGAUACCGUUCAGUGUGGCCCUGGUUGGUUUGGCGACCUUCCACGGCGAUUUGUUCCUGUGUGGCAACGGUAGUGGGGAGUCUGGGGUUACGCCGCGCACCCUUCGCUAUAACCCUGCUGUGGCUGAGUGGAAGGAUGUGGCGCCCAUGCGCACCGGGCGCGGAUGCGCUGGGGUGGCUGCAGUGGGUCGCCAUAUUUAUGCUGUUGGUGGUCAUGAUAAGAACUUGGCAACUUUGGCCACCGUGGAACGCUAUGAUGUGCUGAUGGAUCAGUGGACGUUCGUGGCAUCUUUACCCUGGGCUUUGACGAAAUCCGCCGUUGUCAGUUUUGAAGGCAAGGUGUUUACCUUUGGAGGUUCUACGGCAGCGGCUCACGGGAUCACGGAUUCGGCGUUCAGUUACGACCCGAAAUCCGAUCGGUGGAGUGAGCUACCAAAAAUGCCUAGUGCACGAAGCCGCGCUUCCGUGUGUGUCGGACCAGACGGGUGGAUUUACGUCAUUGGUGGAUUUAGAGAGCGCGCUCUGAGUUGCGUAGAGGCGUAUAACCCCAGCACCAAGCAGUGGAUCAAUAAACAUGCACUGAGUCGCCCGUCGUAUUCCUCUUCAGCCUGCUGUUUCGGCGAAAAAAUCUACGUCCUGGGAGGUUAUUCUAGGACUUUAGGGAGUCAGAAAUUUGUGGAAAUCUACGACAUCCUGUCGGACACGUGGACGACUAGUGAAAGUCCGUUGCCGGUUGGAAGAUGGGGCCUUAGCUGCAGUGUGGCAGAUAUCCCGAAGGAUCACAGCGAGUACCUUGAAAUUACAGAAUGACGGUUAAGCUAGGUUUUACAGAACUAUAGCUCCGUUUGUACUAAAUGUGCGUUUUGGUGGAGUUGACAGGUAAUGAGAAGUUGUUCACGCCUCCAGGUGUUUCAUUGCUUUUUGACCGAAUUCUUGCUCUUACGCUCUCUGAAGUCUAACGAGAUGCAAAUCGUAUGUUUUGCAGUUUUUUCUUCGAAUAACAGUUAGG